AUGGAAAGGUUCGGUAUUGUGGCGAAUGUCAUCGCGGUCGUAGACCUCUCUGUGAAGGUCACUGCUCUAUGUGUGGACUACGGGAAGGGCGUCAAGAACGCGAAGAGUGACAUCGUUCGACUUCACCUAGAAGUUGCCGGGCUCCAAAGUGCCGCGUACGGUGUCCAGGAGCUACUCCGAGGACCAAGCGGUGAGAGACUAAAAACCUCAGAGCAACUAUGCAACGCCGCCCGUCACUGCCAUUCGCAAUUGCAGGCGUUGCUAGAUCAACUUCGCCCAAAGACGGCUCCUGAGGCCUUGACUCCUAUAGGGUUCCGUGCUCUAAAAUGGCCUUUCCAGAGCAAAGAGGUCGAAAGGAUCGUCCAAGACAUGGGUCGAUAUGCGCAAGUGAUGAAUCAGUCACUGCAAGUUGAUCAGACGUAUGGCAUAUGCAGUCGGAGUGACAGAACCGAAGCUGACGAGUUUGUCCGCAGAAACCUUCUUUUCGAUCUCGAUCGGAGGGCAGUGCUCGGCCGCCUUGAGAACGACGUUGCCAAGGGCGCUUCAUUUGACUCCCGCGCGGAGGAGCAUAACUCAACGUGCCUGCCAAACACCCGAGUCGAGAUACUCCAACAAAUUUCGGGCUGGAUACUGGAUCCUAUGGCGGAGGCGGUGUUUUGGCUCAACGGCAUGGCCGGCACGGGGAAGUCUACGAUAUCUCGAACCAUCGCUCAGACAUUCUCCGGUACUGGUCAUCUCGGCGCCAGUUUCUUCUUCAAAAGGGGCGAGAACGACCGCGGGAACAUGUCUAGGUUCGUAUCUACUAUCGUGGCUGAUCUCACGAGGAGGGUACCAGCCACCGCUCGUUACGUCAAGGCAGUCAUGGAGGACGACCCCGGGAUCCUGCGGAGAACGAUGAAAGAGCAGUUCGAAAGGCUUAUCUGGCAUCCGGUAUCAAUGCUCUCCAAAGACUCCGUCAACCGAGGGCCAAUCGUCAUCAUUAUCGAUGCCCUGGAUGAGUGUGAAAACGAGGACGAUAUAAGGGUCAUGAUUCGACUGUUUUCUCGCACCCGGACGCUUUUGGCCGUGCGAUUGAAGAUCUUCUUGACCAGUAGGCCUGAACUGCCGAUUCGGAUGGGGUUUAGCCGCAUAAAGGGCAGGUACCAAGACUUGAUACUUCACGGUAUCCCUAUGCCAGCAAUCGAACACGACAUAAGCACCUUUCUUGCGCACGAAAUGGCCAGAAUACGAGAGGAAUACAAUUCUUUGGUCUCACCAGAAUUGCAUUUGGCCAGAGAUUGGCCAGGGCAGUCGAAGAUUGACGCUCUCGUGAAGUUGGCGACGCCGCUCUUCAUUGCUGCCAGCACGAUCUGCCGUUUCAUUGCUGAGGCAAGAAUUGGAACACCCGACAAACAGUUAGAGAGGAUUCUCGGUUCUCAAAUUGGCCGAAACGGAACUCCACUGGGUACCAUUUACCAGCCCAUCUUGGAUAAUCUUGUGACCGGAACAUUUGUUGAUCAACGGGAAGAAAUCAUUCAAGAUUUCCGCAGCGUCGUCGGCACCAUCGUUACCCUCGCGAGUCCCUUGUCGAUAUCCGCUCUGGCAUCGAUGCUUCACAUUCCUAGACGUGCUGUUGAAGGCAGACUGGCGACGCUCCACUCUGUUCUUAGCAUACCGGAGACGACAGAUGCACCGGUGAGGCUAUUUCACCUGUCAUUUCGCGACUUCUUGGUGGACGCGGCGCAUCGGACAGGCAAUGAUUUCUGGAUAAACGAGCAAGAGUCCCACCAGGAGAUGGUAACGCACUGCCUGCGCGUUCUCAAAUGCCUCAGACGAGACAUAUGCGGUAUCAGGGCUCCCGGAACUCAUCGAUCGGCUAUCGAUCAAUGCAAAGUUGACGCGUCUAUUCCGCCAGAGGUUCAAUAUGCCUGUUUAUAUUGGGUUUAUCACUUGCAAAACGGAGCCACACCUGUUCGUCAUUGCGACCAAGUCAUGGCCUUCCUAGAGGGUCAUUUCCUUCAUUGGCUAGAAUCAUUAAGCCUCAUUGGUAGAUCCAGGGAGGGUGUUCAUCUCAUCGGGACGCUGCAACUACUUUUCAAGGUACGUGGUGACGGUGGACUUAAACGACUGUCCGAGUUCCUGGACGACGCAAUGCGUUUCGUCCAAACACAUAGUUUCGCCAUCGAGAACACGCCACUACAGUUGUAUUCCUCCCUUCUUGUUUUUUCGCCAGAAAGAAGCAAAGUGCGCGCUACGUUCGCAAGCGACAUUCCGCCGUGGAUAUCAACACAACCCAAGGUUAAUGAUGACUGGGGUAAUUGCAUCCAGACGCUUGAGGGCCACCACCGCAGUGUCAUCUCGGUGGCCUUCGCGCACGACUCUGCGCUAGUGGCAUCAGGGUCAGACGACAGGACGAUUCGGCUCUGGCGCACGGCCACGGGCGAGUGCAUCCGGACACUUGAGGGCCAUGACAGCAUGGUCAAGUCGGUAGCCUUCUCUCACGACUCAGCGCUCGUGGUAUCGGGCGCCUGGGACCAGACGGUUCGAAUCUGGCGCACUGUCACGGGCGAGUGCAUCCAGACGCUUGAGGGCCAUGACAGCUGGGUCACGUCGGUAGCCUUCUCUCACGACUCAGCUCUCGUGGUAUCAGGCUCCUAUGACAAGACAGUUCGAUUCUGGCGCACAAUCACGGGCGAGUGCAUCCAGACGCUUGAGGGCCAUGACGACUGGGUCACGUCGGUAGCCUUCUCUCACGACUCUGCGCUGGUGGCAUCGGGCUCAGACGACAGGACAAUUCGGGUAUGGCGUACGGCCACGGGCGAGUGCAUCCAGAUGCUCAAGGGCCAUAGCGACGACGUCACGUCGGUAGCCUUCUCACAUGACUCAGCGCUCCUGGUAUCGGGCUCAAAUGACGAAACGAUUCGGGUAUGGCGCACGGCCACGGGCGAGUGCGUCCAGAUGCUCAAGGGCCAUAGCGACGACGUCAUGUCGGUAGCCUUCUCUCACGACUCUGCACUCGUGUUGUCAGGCUCAAGUGACAAGGCUAUUCGGGUCUGGCGCACGGCCACGAGCGAGUGCGUUCAGACGCUCGUAGGCCACGGCCUCGGUGUCAAUUCGGCGGCCUUCUCUCACGACUCUGCACUCGUGUUAUCAGGCUCCUAUGACAAGACGGUCCGGAUCUGGCGCACGACCACGAAUGAGCGCGUUCAUGCUCUUAAGGGCUAUGACAACGGGGUCUCUUCUGUAGUGUUCUCACACGACUCUACCCUUGUGGUAUCGGGCUCCCGGGACAAGGCGAUUCGGCUCUGGCGUACAGCAACCGGCGAGUGCAUCCAGACACUCAAAGGCCAUAGCGAUAAUGUCACUUCCGUGGCCUUCACGCACGACUCUGCGCUAGUGGCAUCAGGCUCAGAUGAUACGACACUUCGGGUUUGGCGCACGGCCACGGGUGAAUGCAUCCAGACGCUUGAGGGUCAUUGUGACUCGGUCGUAUCAGUGGCCUUCUCUCAUGACUCUGCGCUUGUGGCAUCAGGCGCAGAGGACCAGACGAUUCGAGUUUGGCGCACGGCCACUGGUGAGUGCCUCCAGAAGUUGGACGUUGGUUUUCAACCAUUCAAUAUAUCGUUUCGGGCGGACGAUUUAUAUCUGUUGACCGAUCAUGGUUCUGUCGCCAUACUGCAAGUUCCAAUCUGGUCUUCUGCCGAGCGUUCAACAGACUGUGCAUCCAAGGGCAACUCUUUUUUAAGCAUCAGCGCGGACGGUUGCUGGGUUGCCUGGAAGGGAUCUCCCCUUCUCUGGCUACCGAAAGACUAUCGACCUUUCGAUUCUGCAGUUUCCGGAUCAUUCACCGCGCUAGGCUCAGCAUCUGGCCAUGUUACUAUCAUUGGAGUCUCCCACGAGCUCCUUCCAGACGGUGUUGCGGGGGCCGGUAUACUCACUCACUAG